GAAGGUCUAGAAGAGUCUAGCCCAAGUUUUGCCAUUUUACAGUCCAAGGCAUCUCAAAACCCUAGUGAAUUGGAUGCUUCGAUUUCCCCGUUUGGAUUCUAUCUCCGUCUGUCAAUCCGAUGCCAAUGGACGCCGCAAAGCUGAACCAAUUGAAGCAGUUCGUUGAACUCUGCAAGUCCACUCCCUCAAUCCUCUCCGAUCCUUCCCUCUCCUUCUUUCGAGAUUACCUUGAGAGCUUGGGGUGUAGUCUGCCUCCGUCUGCUUACAAGCCUGAAGAGUCUCCCCAUAACAAAUCGAAGCCUUAUGUUGUGGAUGAGAAUGAUGAGGACAUGGAGGAUGUCAAAGAGGAGUCUCGGCCGGAAGAAACUGUUGAAAAAGAGGAAGAGAGUGAGAUAAUUGAAUCUGAUAUUGAGCUUGAAGGUGACACAGUUGAGCCUGACAAUGACCCCCCUCAGAAGAUGGGAGAUCCUUCCGUUGAGGUUACUGAAGAAAACCGUGAUGCUUCCCAGGAAGCUAAGGCACAGGCCAUGGAAGCUAUUUCCGAAGGCAAGUUGGAGGAAGCAAUAGAGCAUCUCACACAGGCUAUUUUUCUUAACCCGACCUCAGCAAUUAUGUAUGCAACUCGAGCUAGUGUGUACAUUAAAAUGCAGAAACCUAAUGCUGCUAUCCGAGAUGCCAGUGCUGCUUUAGAGAUCAAUCCAGAUUCUGCAAAAGGGUACAAGUCCCGAGGCAUAGCACGGGCCAUGCUUGGGCAGUGGGAAGAGGCUGCUAAGGAUCUUCACUUGGCAUCAAAGCUGGACUAUGACGAGGAAAUAAGUGAUGUAUUGAAGAAGGUUGAACCGAAUGCUCACAAGAUUGAGGAACAUCGGAGGAAGUAUGACAGACUGCGCAAAGAACGAGAGAACAAAAAGAUUGAACGGCAGAGACAGCGCCGCCACGCAGAAGCACAGGCUGCAUACGAGAAGGCUAAGAAACAAGGAGAGACAUCUUCAAGUAGUGGAGUAGGAGGCAUGCCUGGAGGCUUUCCGGGGGGUAUGCCUGGAGGCUUUCCGGGGGGUAUGCCAGGGAGUUCCCCCGGUGGCAUGCCUAAUGUUAACUUCAUGAACAUAUUGAAUGACCCUGAAUUGAUGGCAUCAUUUAAAGAUCCAGAAGUCAUGGCUGCUCUUCAAGAUGUGAUGAAGAAUCCAGCUAAUCUUGCAAAGCAUCAAUCCAACCCCAAGGUGGCUCCUAUAAUUGCAAAAAUGAUGAGUAAAUUUGAUGGACCCAAGUAAAACACAUUUUCUUGAGUAAGCAUCAUUGUUGUGAUAAUUUCUUUUUUUAAUCUUUUCUGUAAUGCACAAUCAUGUGGAUUCUGUAUUAAUUUCAUGUGAGUUGGUAUGAUUGCUCUUU